GUCUUGCUUUCCUGUACUUCUUUUCUAGGAUGAGAUAAUGGAGAAAAAGCUAUCGUCCGUAGCUAAGGCCCUGAAACCUUCACCCAUCCAACAAUUGUCGUAUCUUGCUGAGCGAACCAACGCCCUCAACCUUGCCGAAGGCUUCCCUGAUUUUCCGGCACCUCCCCAUGUAAAGGCCGCUGCCGUCUCCGCCAUCACCUCCGACUUUAACCAAUACAGGCAUGUUCAGGGGAUCUGUGAUCUGCUUGCUGAUAAGAUGAAGCAAAUGCAUGGCUUAGAUGUUGAUCCUUUAACAGAUAUUGCCAUUUGCUGUGGCCAGACUGAGGCAUUUGCUGCUACAAUGUUUGCAAUACUUAACCCUGGUGAUGAAGUAAUACUGUUCGAUCCUUCUUUUGAAACAUAUGAAACAUGUAUUUUAAUGGCUGGAGGAGUCCCUGUGUAUGUAGCCCUUGAGCCACCAUGCUGGACACUUGAUCAGGUCAAACUUUUGGGUGUUUUUACUGCCAAGACAAAAGCUUUAGUACUGAAUAGUCCUCACAACCCAACCGGAAAAGUAUUCAACAUGGACGAGCUAGAGAUUAUUGCUGAAUAUUGCAGAACAAAGGAUUGCAUAGCCAUUACUGAUGAAGUUUAUGAACAUGUAACAUACGACAGUGAAUCACAUAUAAGCCUUGCAUCGCUCCCAGGAAUGCAAAAGCGGACCAUCAUCACGUCUUCCUUGUCUAAAACUUAUAGUGUCACUGGCUGGAGGGUUGGGUGGGCUAUAGGUCCAUCUUGUAUUGCAUCAGCGAUCAGGAGCAUUCAUACCAAAGUUACAGAUUCUGCUCCUGCACCGUUUCAGGAAGCUGCUUUGACUGCAUUAACAAGUCCCCAAGAAUACUACAAAUCGUUGAGAAAAGAUUACGAAUCAAAAAGAGAUUUCGUCUUUAAGUUGCUUUCGGAGGUGGGUUUCGAGGUUCAGUUUAUGCCCAAGGGUUCGUUUUUCAUAUUUGCAGCGAUUCCCGAGACUUGCAAACUCAACGAUGUUGAAUUUGUGGAGGAAUUAAUAAAACAAGCCGGAGUUGUUGCUGUUCCUGGAUGUGGGUUUUUCCAUAGGAGCCAUUAUUCUCGUGAGAAUGUAGGUAGCUACCAAUACCAUAAUCGAUACAUCCGUUUUGCUUUCUGCAAGGGUGCUACUACUUUGACUUCUGCUGCUCACGAAAUCCAACAGCUUAUCGAUGCAUCAGGACGUCUCAAGCUUUUUUGAAUUUGUUGGGAUCCUAAUUGUAUCAAAUGUAUGAUAUUUGAUACAUUUUUAGUCAUUAUUUCUUUACAUUUUUGGGGUUA